AUGCUCUUCAAACAGUGGAAUGAGAUAGCAGAACCAAGGCAUCAACUGGAUUCACCUGUUGGUAUAGCUGAUGAAGGCACUUUGCAACCUUCUGCUUUGCCUAAGGUGACAUUGCCUGUGAUUGAUUUUAAGAGGUACCGCAGAGUCGUACUGAGCAGUGCUAUUAUGAAUCCGUUAUUUCCAGAGAGAUUAUUGAAACUGGCCUGUGUUGGUGACAUGGAGGCCACCUUGGACAUAACUACAAUAAAUACAACAGAAGAUCAUGCAGUUCAUUCAUGGAGCUUUGAUGAGAAUUUCCCUAACGAGAUGGACCCCGAAAGAGCUGAGCAAGAGAAAAGCAGAUCAUUCAGAGUGUCGACACCAAUAGUAGCAUUUGAUGACACGCUCAUCAUAAGUUUGAAGGAGAACUUCCUCAAGGAUUCCCCCAUUUUCACUAAUAUCAUUGCAGAGCAAAUAGUCCGGGAGUUAGCGUCUUGUGGAGCACCUAGUGGCAUCGAGGUUGUCGUUCUGGGAACUUCUGAUCAGGUCGCAGAAAUGAAGAGAGUGGAUGACAGUUCAACAACCCUGAAUCCUCCAGAGUUUGUCACGGGAUUUGCUGGUGCGGUUCUGACCCAGCUGAUCGGCUGUCGCAUUCCAUUUCAAGGUAUUAUUGCUCCAAGUGAAGGCCCUAUCGGCUAUGAGAAGCUAAAUUUGGUGACGAUGCAGGAGUUGGUAAAUCUAUGUCAUCAAUGGGUCACUGUAGAUCGCGAGGUGUACAAAAAUGAGUGCUAUCGUCGUUGGAGGCUAGAGGGUGCUGCAAUUGGUGCACAAUCUGGUCUAUAUAUAUGA